CGAGUCUCAAGAGAUUUGUUGCACUACCUCAGCAGCAAACCUCACCUCCACUGCUUUGGUGGUGGUUUCCAUUGAUGCUGCCAGAGUCAGCAAUCCAGGAGUGGUCUUCAGUUAUCGUAACAAUCCUAAUGUGACUGCUGUGUUUCCUAGCAACACCAUUCCUAGUGGAGGCAUCACACUGACUUUUACUGGACUGGACUUGGACGUAGUACAGCAGCAUGUGUUGGAGGUAUACCAGCCAAUGGGGGAUCCUCUGAGGAGCAACUGCAGUGUUGUGGACCAUACCACCAUCACAUGCUUGACUCCUAGUCUGACAACAACCUCACUCACACCAUUGGACUAUGCCCUACUGUUUGAUGAUGUCCCACUCAUUACACAAGCACACCUCCUCAUCAGCGUCCAAUCAGAUCCUUCUCAAUUUAGACUAAAUAGUUCUCAAGAGGUCACCAGUGGCACAGAGACGCUCAUACGCAUUGUGGGUGAUAGUCUUGACUCAGUAGAGACCAGUGAGAUAAGAGUGAUCGUGGGAGGGGAGGAGUGUACUACGACACCUAGUAGUUUGAGAGGAAACGAAAUCAUCUGUAUUGCCCCCUUGGAGCCCCCGGGAGGGGAAAACUCAGCCGUCAUUCAAGUGAACGUUGGGAGCAACAUCUCUCAAGUAUUGGACCAGCAACUGACUUACACAGGUCCUGUGACUGCUGCAGUUCCACUGGAGAUCAUCAUCCCGAGUGUAUUGGGGGUUAUAGUGAUGAUCGUGUGUGUAAUGCUGACCAUUUUUGUCUGUGUCUAUCGGAACUAUUGGAGGAAGACCGUGUCAAUUGCUAUGCAUGAACAGAUGAUGGAAAUCGUGGCUAAUACGAGAACACGGGAGGACAUAUUUCCUGUGGAUGGCAAUACAGCACUCAUUAAAUCAGAACUUGUUGAGAUUGCUGAGUCUAUCCCAGACUCAAUCAAAAUUCCAGCUUCCAUAUUGAAGCUCUCCAGUACUGCAAUUGGACAAGGUGAAUUUGGCGUUGUGUACAAGGGAGUCCUGACAGACUGGAACAAUGUACCUAUUCAAGGGGUGGCCGUGAAGACACUGAAAGGUCUGUUCUCAUUGUCGGAUGUUCAGAGCAUGGUGUGUGAGGUGAACAAGAUGCAGGACUUUGACCAUCCUCACGUCAUGUCCCUGAUUGGGGUGUGUCUCGAUGCUGGCCCUGGCAUUGCCAUAGUGAUGCCAUAUAUGGCCAACGGGAGUGUUAUUGGAUAUCUCAAGAGAGAAAGGAGCAGCCUUGAGUUGGAUGAUGACUGUGAAAUUGAUCAGAUUUUGGAAGUGAGGAAACUGCUACUAAAAAUGUGCCAUCAGAUAGCACUGGGAAUGGCCUACUUGGCUGAGCAGAACUUUGUGCAUCGCGACCUUGCGGCCAGAAACUGUAUGCUGGACUCGGGAGGAGGUAUCAGGGUGGGGGACUUUGGUCUGGCUGAGGACGUCUAUGCUAGCGGCUACUUCAGACAGAACGACCGAGCCAAUGUAAAGCUGCCCUACAAAUGGAUGGCCUUGGAGAGUCUCAACGAUGCCAUCUUCACAGAGAAAACUGAUGUGUGGUCGUAUGGUGUGACUGUGUGGGAGGUCUUCAAUGGAGGAAAGACCCCCUACCCUGCCGUGGACCCACACUCCCUCAUCCAGCUGCUGGGAGAGGGGCGGAGACUAGAGAGACCUCUCAAUGCAGCCUGUGCCAUUGAGAUUUCUAAGCUGAUGCGUCAGUGUUGGAGGGAGGAUCCAGAGGAGAGGCCAACCUUCUCACAACUGUCCUCCAUUGUGGAGAGGCUACUGACAUCCAUUGCUGGCUACACUGAGCUCGGUAUGGUGCUACUGAACCCAAUUCAAGAAGCGGAGCAGCUCAAAUGUGACAAUUUACCCACACCCACUGAAGACGCUCAUCACUAUGUCGAUGGUCCACUAGAUCACCCUCUAUAGCAUUCGAAAACAGAAUGUACAAAGAAGAAUUUACUGCAACAGAUAAUUAAUUUUAAUGCUUAUAGCUCAUGAGGUUAAAGUCGAAUUGCUGUUCCCUGUACAGUAUAAUGUAGUGAACUGUAACCAGCUGCUUUUAUCUUAACUAGCAUCAUAAUAAUAAUUAUAAUUAUGCAUGUAUAUAUACACAAUAAGACAUGCAGUAUUAUCGUAUAGCCUAUUAUUGUUUUUACACAUGCAAAGUUAA